CCUUCUUGUCGCUCCUCUCAGCCUCGUUGUCUGGCGGUGAACUCUCACCCCAGCUGCUUUGGAAAUGUCAUACAGGCAGAGGCCCGUGCUGCAGUAGGGGGGCGUAAUAGGAGGAAAAAAAUAACAACAUUUUUUUUUUUUUUUACUGCUCUCACUGCAUCUUUUACUCGCGUCUCUGCCGUGCAAGUGGCACAUCCCGCUACCAGCAGCAGCAGCAGCCGCCGAUAACUAAUCGCAGUUUCAAUGCUUAUUUCGCAUUAAAGGGGGCUAAUAAAAAAAAAAAAAAAUCCGUGCCAGACAUGGGUGAGAACAUCAUGCUUUUCUUGAAGAUGUCAGUCCAGCAAACCAAUAGGCUUGUGACGACGAUGCCCAGUCGAAGAUCCUGGGAUUGAGACGUGAAUCCCUUUACACUGAUGGCCUGGACUGAGUUUCAGCUGGCCUGCUGAAGCUAUGGGGAGCUGUUGGAGCUGUCUGUACAGAGACCCCAUCCGAGACAACCAUCUCACCAAAUUUAAGGUCACCAAUGUGGAUGAUGAGGGCAACGAGCUGGGAUCUGGGAUCAUGGAGCUCACCCAGACCGAGCUCAUUCUUCACACACGUAAGAGGGAUGCCAUCCGGUGGCCGUAUCUCUGCCUGCGACGCUACGGCUACGACUCAAACCUGUUUUCCUUUGAGAGCGGUCGUCGCUGUCAGACUGGGCAGGGAAUCUUUGCAUUUAAGUGCUCCCGAGCAGAAGAGAUCUUCAAUCUGCUUCAGGAGCUGAUGCAAUGUAACAGCAUCAACGUGGUGGAAGAGUCGAUGAUGAUGAGUCGCAGUGGUCACACACCAGAGAUGGAGAUGUCUCGCACACCACAGACUCCCAACACUCCAGCGUUCCCUGUCCCGGCUUUCCCCAAUGGGUACCCUGGUUAUCCAAUCAGAGGUGAUUCCUCUCAACCCUCUCUUGCUGAUGAUCGUGGACAUAGCCUCAUGGGUUUGGAAGACCAGACCCACACCUAUGUAAAUACUGUUAGUAUGGAGGGGGAUCUCUCUAUGCGUCACUGUGUGCACUCCCUGCCCGAGGUGCGGCCCAGCACUUUCCCUGAAACUACACGGGGAGCCAUGCCCAUCGGGGGCCAAGGAAAUCCGCAGUCCAACCUGCGCUGCUGUCCCCUGGAGGAGCAUAAUGAUCCUCAGGUGUUUUUACAGCCGUCCUCGCAGGAGGUCAAAUUCAUGCUGGGCCCCACUCCAGCACAACGCCAUCUGCUGGAGAGAGAGAGGGAGAGAGAGAGGGAGAGGCACGGGCACAAUCCUCACAACCUUCAGCCUGUAGAGGGUGCAACAGGCUCAGAGACGGAGGGAGACGAGCCCUCCAUGCACCUGUGCAACUCUCACUCCUAUCACCAUUUCCAUCAUCACACGCACCGGCACCCGGGGCUCGAGCACCCGGACAGCUGCCAGAGCGGCGAACUCACGUACGAGAACAUCAACGGUCUGAGGAGCGGCCGGAAGCAGCGGCUGAGUCCCAGCAGUGUGUCACAGUCUGUGGGUUCGAGCAGCAGCAGCAGCACCGGGGACAGUCACUCCCACUCCCUCCUGCACCCGCACGCCCACGGCCCGUCGUCUCUACCCCCGCAGGGCUACGGCUGCGAGAGGGGCAUGGGCGGAGGUCAUCGUCGGACAGCACUGCUCAACUACGAGAAUCUGCCCUCUCUGCCACCUGUGUGGGAGUACGGCGCUCUGCAGCGGGAUGAUGAACAGGAUGAAGAAGACGAUGAACAGGAUGAGGAUGAAUACGAAGAAGAGGAGGAAGACUUUGAUGAGUAUGAGUUCUCAGAAGGCCCUGGGACGCCCAACGGGUACCACCAGGAUGGCCGGGGCAUACACAGAGAUGCCCUGCAGAACUAUGUCAACACAGAGCAGGUCCAGCCGCCCCGGCUCCGACACGCCUGCCCGCCGCAUUCACGGCCAUGUCAGCCAGACAGAGGGGGGCGAAUAUUUAGUUUUGAUUUCCGCAGACGAUCGAGGUCAGGGGUUGAAGGCUGUGAGCACGGCCACAUGCCUCCAUCGCGGCAGCUGAAUUACAUCCAGGUGGACCUAGAGGGUGAACCUCCCUGCCAAGCCCUCAGCAGCGGGGGUGCCCAGACCCAGCCACAGCACCAGCGCCUACCACCCAAAAAAUGUGGCCCCCAGGCACCCCGGCGCAGUGAAUGCUACGCAGUCAUUGACCUAAAGAAGACCGCUGCCAUGUCCAACCUGCAGAAAGCUCUGCCCAGGGAUGAUGGAACUUCCAGAAAGACUCGCCACAACAGCACAGACCUGCCUCUGUAAACGGUGUUCAAACUGAAGAGGAGCGAUGAAGACAGAUGAAGGCUUAUCCUCAUCUUAGCACACUGGACCCUUCACUGUCAUCCAUCCAUUCAACUGUCGGGCUGACUAAUACAGUACAGGUACCUAAUUAGAAACUUACUGAAACCUAUCUGUGCAUAUAAAAGGAAAUGAGAAAUCUCUGAGGAGAAUUUGCCAUUUUAUUCUGUGUUAUUUAUUAGAUAUGUGGUGUGAAGCCCUCUCGAGAAAUUGGCAGUUUUUACUGCAAAUACUUUGCUGGAUAUAUGGAUAUUUAUAUAUAAGCAUAGAAUCAUAUUUAUAUGUAUGAUUUUAUGCUUAGCUAUGACUUAGAGCAGAGACCUCAUUGGAAGCAGUCAUUGCCAUACUGUAUUAGCAAAUUUUAAUUCAUAAACCCAUCUCCACUCUCAAAUAUUAUUGUUCCUAUCAUUUACUUAUUUUACAUCCAUGUGGGUUUUUAUGGAAAUACUACAAGAGUCAAAAAAAUUUGACUCUCAUUACAGAAGAAGUAGAGCAGUUGUUGGCAUGAAGGUUAAUGGUUCCUCCAAGAUACUGGCCAAUAUUCAUACCUCAUCACAAGCAUCUAAGUCUAAUAUUGUGGCUAGUUGAAGAGACCAUUAUUUGUUAUUUUAUUAUGCCUAUAGAGCAUUUUGCACACAAUCCUAUGGAAUUGUAUUUUAUCAUAUGCUAGGAAUGGUGUCGUCCAAUCCAACAAGAAUUAAAUGAACAUAAGAGAUGGUGAUAUUUGGAGAAUUAUACUAAACUGAAUGACCGUAAAAGUAGCACACAUGGAUUAAAACGAGCUUUUGGCUCCCACCUGUCCACAUGCAGCCAAUGGAAAAAGUAGCAUAUCAUCAUUGAUCAUACCUCCUGCACAUCAUCCCAGACCUGCAGGAAGUCCACGUGGUUUACGCUUGUCACAUUGCACUUUUAACCCUGGGCCACUGAAGCGCUCUUUGUCUCUACUCCCACUCCACUGGAGCCACAGGUUCGACCACGUCCUUUUACCAAAAGCAGGGGCCAAAUAUUUCAAUCUUUGUCAGCAUUGUAGAUAGGAUUUAUUUACAUAUUUUGAAAGAGACAUCAACAACCUCAAAUAGUGGCAUUAAGCUAUAACCUCACAUGAAAUGUGCUGAAUCUAUAAUUUGUUAGUAAUCAGGUGUGAAUGGUCUGUGUUAAAGGGUAAAUCAAGUAUGUCGCCAAGUCAUGCAGUGAAGACUUAUGUGAGGCUAUUUAUCGACCUUCUUAGUCAGAUAUUUAUUUAUUUAUUUUAUAAAUUAUUUAUUCAUUCUUUUUGUUUUCUUUGUUAUUGUAAUAAUUUCUGUUUUCCAUGUGAUGACCAGCGUUUUGUAAUCCAGUUGGUAAUACUGAGACCAAAGUUUCACCUCAAAUUAUCACUGGACACUGGUGUGUUACUGUUAUAACUGUGCUUAAUUAUAUUUCCGAAAAAGAAAGACUGUAUUUAUAUUUUAAGUGCCAAAACUUAAUUGCAAACUGUAUGAUGAAUGGACUCAAACGUGCCAAUAGAAUUCGUAGAAAGACUAUAAGACAGAGGCAUAAAGCGAUAACAGUCGGGAGACAAACUUUGAAAAAAAAAAAAUAAAAGAAAAAAACAGAAUCCAACUUUUUAAGGAGAAAUAAGAAUUAAAACGACAAAAACUGCACAUUCCACCUCAUCCACAUCGACAGCCAUUGCGGAGCGAGAUAUAAGAAUGGUAAUCUUGUAGUCUGAUAAUCACAGUUAGGGUGGUUUUAUGCUGCUACAUGUACAUACUAACAGUAGCCCACGUAAGCUACAGGUACUUGUCGAAAUGAAAACAUGUGUCUUUGAACCUAUGAGAUGUCAGAUCUUUUACCAUAUUGUUAAUUGCUAAUAGAAGUAGCAUUGUUGUGCUCCUCUGAGAUCAUUUCUGAGCAGAAGUAGAAAUAAUAUGUACCAUUUCAGAGAAUGUUUCAUUUGACCAAUAUUUCAAUUAAUCGCGAUUGUUUUCUUGACAAACUGGCUGUCUGGGUAGGAGAGGUACUAGGAACCACAGGCCCACUGAUGCUGUCAUCUUUUUGUUAAGCGCUCAUAUUAAGUUGAUAUUUUCAGCUGAUGGAGGAAGGCCAAAUGUUCUAGAUUUACAGUGUGUAGUCUUCAGAUGCAGAUGUAUUGUGGCAUUUAGCUGAAGUUGAUUUCUUUCUUCUUUUUUUUUAACGGUGCAUUAAAGAGAUAAAAUAAGAGGCGAAAAUACAAAUUCUCAACUUCUGAUGAGGAGGAGUUGUUUUAGCUUCUGUAUAAGAUGAGGUGCAACUCGAAGAUGAUUUCUUCAAAUUAAUUUAUUCUUGGUGCUCACAUCACCAUUUUCAAAUCAAGACAAAACAACACAGACAGAAAUCUCAGAAUAUAUGUUUUAAGGGCCUUAACAUAAUAACUCCCAGUAUUUAGAUUAUUUUCAUUAUUGACUAUUUUUUUAACAUUUUGAUUCAUUAAUUAAUUGUUAAGUCAAUAAAAUGUCAGAAAAUAAUACAAAAUGCUAUAUACAGUAAAUUAUAUAUUUUACAUUUAAUUUAUUUCGAUAUUUCAUUUUGAAUGAUACAAAAAAGUAAAAAGCAGUUGGAGAAAAGCCUGAUACAGUUAAUGUUUUGGGCAUUUUUGCUUUAAAAAGAAAUUGAAUCUAUCAUCAUUUCAGCACUAGAUGGUUCCCAAACAUUCCAAAUCAGAUAGUCUAUUACAAAUCUGCUUAAGUUAUUUGCCAUUUAUGACUUCUAUAUCUUUUGAUUAACCAGUUCAGUUAAAAAAAUUAGAAAACAGUAAAAUGGUGCUUCAAAUAUAAAAUUUCCAAUGAUAUAAAACUGACAAAAAAAACUCACAAAUAACAAGCAGCAAUCAUCAGAUGUUUGGCACGUCUGCUUUAAAUAAUAAAACUCAAAUGAUAAAAUAAUACAGUACUAAUUUGUUGUAGCUAUAGAUAUGUGAUUUAAAAAAAGGUAUUCACACAUGAAUACCUUUUUAUUUCAUGAUCUGUAUUCAGAGGUUUGUAGGACAGCGACAAACAAUUAUUUUUAUUAUCAGUAAAUCUGGCGAUCUUUAGGUUGAUUAAUCUGUUAAUUGUGUACAAAUGUCAAAAAUUAGUUCAAAAUGUAGACAAAAUAUUCAAUUUACUAUCAUGUAAAGCAGAUAAAGCAAAAAAAAAAAUCCUCACAAAUGAGCAAAUGUUUGGCGGUUUCUCUUAAUAAAUGAGUAAUCUGUUCAUUGAUUGAAUUAUUUCAGUGCUGCUGGUUUGAUAGUAACAAUAAUUUGAAAGUGGGAUGAACACUUUGGCUUCUGAUGCACAUUCCCAACACAGAAACCCUAAAUAACCCAAAUCUAACGUUGAUAGUUUGUAUUCUUUGUUUACAUCAUACUUUCAUAUGACAUUUUAAAAAGAAAAAGUCUCUUCUAUAACAACAAGGCCAACGUUCAGCUGACAUUUUGACUGUAUUUGCAGAGAUAUUGUCAUGAUACAUUGGAAGGAUGUUUAAAUUUUUGCAAUAAUAGUUGAAUUAUUAUUUUGUCAAUCUUAAAUCAGACCAAUGUGUGAAGUGUGAAAUUUAAAUAGUAGUCUGUAGAGCUGUGGGCUUAAUGUAUUUACUCGCCUGUUCUUCUGUGAAUCAGCAGUCUUAUUUUUUAUUUCAGGUACGAUGUUUAUUUUUCAAUCUUCAUAGUUCGAUUUUAGCUAUGAAAGUUUAAAAAAAGAAAAUAAUAAGAAAAAAAAAAGAUGCCUGUUUUCUUGAUUGUCAGACAAUGUGUUUGCUUAAACUCACAUUAACAGUGCCAUACAGUAGGUGACCAUUGCGAGUACUUAAAUUACAUUUUAUUGUAUUAAACUUUUCAAACCAGUGGCGAUGUUUCACACAGGAAUCAGAAAGUGUUUCAUCUAAUUUCUCAGAAUAUUGUUACAUGUGGUUUUAUGGUCAUUUAAAACAAAAAAAAAUAUCCAUGUUGAAAUGUGUUAACUAUCUUUGUUAUAACGCAGUAACCUCACCACCACCCAAACCAGUUAACAGUGAUUACAGCAUUACCAUUAUUACCACAUACUCCUGUGUUUAUGGAUUAAUAAUAAAAAAUAAAUAUAUAUGUUAAAUAAUUGUUUUUCAAAAUCGCUCUGCACAAAAAAAAAACACUUGCGUGAUCUCAACGCACUUGAAUUCAAAAGAAGUACAGUUCCCAUUCUCAUCACUCGUUGUGAUUGACUGAUGCUAUCUCAAGCAUUUCAUUUUCAUAACUCUCAGUGUUUAUGCUCCAGGCACAAUUCACACAGGUGUCUGUGAAAUCAUUAAGUGCUGCUCAUUGGUGUGAUUUGUUCUGCUGAUGCAAUCUGCAGGGCAAUGAGCUACAAGUCGAGAUAAGAAGUUCUGUCAUUAAGUUCCCCAAACUGAAUUUAUUGUAUGGGUUGUUUAACUAAAGGGCUGUGCUCUGUGUUUACUGUACUAACAUGAACGCGUAUCUUGAAGUCCAUUUUAAUGAUUUUCUCACUGUGCCUUCCAUAUUCAACCUGGAGAAACAUCUUCAUUGCUGUCUGUGAGGGCGGCCUGUUGUAAAAAAUAAAUCAGCACCUGUUUGAAGUUUUAUGGCUGAUGGUGGUGAAAUUUGAAAGGGGCUUUAAGUCGAAAUUGAAGUUGUAUUUGAAAAAAAAAAGUGCUAACUCCUGAUUGUUUUACACCAUACUGUAUUUGAAAAUAAUGUCUGUUUUAAAGGAGUAUUUUGACGCUUUUGGGAAAUAUGCUUAUUUGCUUUUUGCCAAGUUCGAUUAGAAGAUUGUUGCCACGCUCACGUCUGUACUCUUAAUAUGAGGCUACAACUAACAGAUUCUUAGCUUAACUUAGCAUAAACACUGGUAUCAGGGGGAAACUGUUAGCCUGACUCAAAAUCCACCUAGCAGCACCUCUAAAGCUCAUAAAUUAACACAUUAUAUCUCAUCUUUUUAGUGUAAAAACGACGUAUCUGAUUUCGAUGGGGGUUUUGGUGACAGCAGUUGCCAGGGCAACCAGCAGAAAGCCACUGCUUCUGGCCAUAAAACAGUUCAGCCCAUAAUUUAUUCUCAUUCAUUCUCAUUUAAAUUUAUACCAAAUGAGGUUAACCCUCUCCUCUAACUCUUGGCAUGAUACAAGUGUAUUUCCCCAAAAUGUUGGACUAUUUCUUUCAGGUUGUGCAAAAUUAAAAGUGAAUGAAACAUCAUUUGUUGAGGAGAUGCAGUGAAAUAGCCAAACUCAAUGUGACUGAAAAGGUGUUGAAUCAUGAUUAGUAUGUUCUGUAGCAUAUAAUGUUAAUUCUGAGUAAAGAUUACAGUGUGUUUGUCAUUAUAAUGUCAUGCGGCUAUGGUGCACUCCAUCUGAUUUCUCAUCAGAUGCCAUUUCUUCUCAUAGUGCUGAAGAAUGUGAAAAUAAAAUUCCUUUCAGAGAUUUCUGUUUUUUGUAUACUUUUCCAAUGUGUCAGAUGACAAGAAUAUAGUAAGAACAGAAAGAAAGGCCAGCAACACGGUGCACCAUAGUGCUACAUAUCACUUUCAUCAUCAGUGGUUUUCAUCAUCAUCAUCAUCAUCAUCAUCUCUUUAGUGAUUUUGUACAUCUUCAUUUUCAAAAAAAAAAAGAAAAUCUCCCACAGAAACAUCAUGAUCUAAAUGACAUAUUGUAAAACCUAAACUUCCUGUCCAUGCUAUGAGAUAGAUCUCUGUCAAAGUACUGAAAGUAUCAGAAAACUGUAAUAUCUCUUUAUUAUUGUGUUGGUUUUUUGUGUUUUCUUAAAAAUCUGGUUUGUUUUUGUCCGGUAUGAGGAUGUAAUCACCACCAGAGGGUGGUGUACGGGUCUGAGCUGUACAUUUUUGUGACAGAUUUGUGUAUUUACAUACAGGUUGCAUUGGCCUAACUUUGUGACUAUUAUAUCAAUUUAUGAAUCGAAUGAGUGCCAAAUAUGCUUGAGCAUGACAAAAUCCGGGACCUAUGAGGAACUGCAGGUACUCUCUGACUCACUGAGCGAGACUCAAGUGACUCACUGCUAUUCUAGACUCUCUACUUGUGAUACGAAUGCACAGCUGAAGGUUUAACCAUGCUAAAUAUUUUUGCUGAAAGAGGGAAAAAAACGUCAUUAUGUUUUUGUCUCAGUUUUGAAAAGUUUCUUCAGAUAUUUGUUGUAUGUUUCUGUGUCCAUCCAUGGCUUAUAAAUGAGUAUGCAGUGAUGGUCUUAUCAUGCUGCCAUUAGAGGUGAAUAUAAAAAGCUGAUUUGAUUCAUUUGUUGGACUGUCACAAAGAAACAUUUGGGUCAUUUUCAUUCUUAAAUCAUUCCACACAGAGAUGCAUUGUAUGUUAUCUGACCUCCUCUUCAUCCCACCAUGUCCCAAAACAAAGUGAGCCUGACAUUUGGUGAAUUUUACCCUGAAUUUUAUCAAUUAUAGAGUGUGGAUUUGUCCAAAAUGUAAAAGUAAAUGUAAUUCUAAUAUUAAAAUGAAGCUAUGAAAAUA